AUGGACUGUUUAAUUCAGAUGCUGUUUCUUGGCUUCAAAAUCAUUUUUUUGACGGGACAGGAAGGCAUCUGUACAAAAAUUAUUAGGGGUCAUGAGGUUAAUCCUCAUUCUAGACCAUAUAUGGCUUCUAUCCAAAUGAACAAACAACAUGUUUGUGGAGAAGCUUUGAUUGCACCAAGUUGGGUGCUGACCGCAGCACACUGUGAAGAAGAAUGGAAAAAUCGGGACAUUCAAGUGAUAUUGGGGGCUUAUUCGCUUUCUAAGAGGCAAGAAGAGAAACAAGAAGUAUUGAAAGUGAAGAAAUGCUUCCCUUAUCCAGAAUUUAAUUGGAAGAGAAAAGAAAAUGACAUCACGCUGAUUCAGUUGGCCAAUGAAGCUAUUAUGAGCAAGCAUGUGUCAAUCCUGAAGCUGCCUAAUGUUAAAGCUGGAAUCAAGUGUAGUGUUGCAGGAUGGGGAACAACUAAUCCUGAAAUCCAUAACCCAUUUGAUACCCUGAGGGAAGUAACCUUGACUGUCAUUGCCAGGAAGAGAUGCAACAGUAAAAAAUACUAUAACUAUAAUCCCUUUAUAACAAAGGACAUGUUAUGUGCUGGUGAUGCAGAAGCUAGAAAAGAUUCGUGCCAGGGAGACUCUGGUGGCCCACUCAUGUGCAAAAUCAGCAAGUUCCGAAAAAUAUAUGAAUACAGAGGCAUUGUUUCAGCAGGAGAUGGCUGUGCAAAACCGAAGAAACCUGGCAUUUAUACUCAUUUGUUUGAAAAUACGGAGGCAUGGGAUUGA